ACGUUCUGUUCGCCUGCAACAUCAGAAAGCAUGGCACACGUAUUAAAGACACUCAACAGCUGGUUCUGGUGGGAGAAUAUCUGGAUGCCUAUCAAUUGCUCUUGGGCGCAUUUUGUAGACCGUGAGGGCCUUGUCUUUCCAAGACCACAUCAUUUAUAUGCCACGAUACCGUAUGCUUUUGUGCUGCUGAUUAUUCGAUUCCUCGCUGAAAGAUUUAUUGCUGUACCUCUAGCAAAAGCCUUAGGUAUAAAGAACAUAAGACGUGUGAAGCCACAGCCUAAUCCUGUUUUAGAGAGUUAUUUCCGGGAGUGCACAAAACAUCCAUCCCAAUCAGAGAUUCAAGGUCUGGCCAAGAAGUGUAAUUGUACAGUCCAUUUUGUGGAAAAGUGGUUCAGGAGGCGGCGAAACCUCGAGAUCCCAACAGUGCUUCGGAAAUUCCGGGAGGCUUUCUGGCGAUUUUCAUUUUAUCUUGGAACAUCCAUUGCUGGACUUAUAUGUCUAUAUGAUAAACCGUGGUUUUACGACAUAUGGCUGACGUGGGUUGGCUAUCCGUUUCAGACUAUGCUGCCAUCCCAGUAUUGGUACUAUAUGGCUGAGAUCAGUUUUUACUUGUCUCUCUUAUUCACGCUUGGGAUCGACAACAGAAGGAAGGAUUUUCUGGCUCACAUCAUUCAUCACUUUGCAGCCAUUGGGUUAAUGAGUUUCUCCUGGUGUGGCAAUUAUCUGCGUAUUGGGACGCUCGUGAUUUUUCUGCACGAUACCGCAGAUUUCUGGCUUGAGGCAGCCAAAAUGUUUAAUUAUGCUCACUGGGAGAAAACCUGCAAUACGCUCUUUAUCAUGUUUGCUAUCACAUUCUUCAUCACAAGAAUCAUCCUGUUCCCCUGCUGGAUUCUUCGUGCCACACUGUAUCAGCCUACAUUCUAUUCGACAACUCCUGUCAUAGCAUAUUUUAUAUUCAAUGGACAACUAUUGAUCCUUCAAGGCUUGCAUUUAUACUGGGGUUACUUAAUUUUCAAGAUUUUGAGAAAGGUCAUGUACUCACAGGAGGAGCUCCGAGCGCAGCGAGGGCGCAGGGGACGUUGCAGCGCCCUGAGCCGCGGGUGGCGGCAGCUCCUUGGGGACGGUGGCUGCGGCGCGGCCACCAGCAGCUCCUCGUCCUGCCAAGAGGCCGGGCUCUUCCCCGUUGUGCCCUUCUGGCCCUGUCAUCCAACUGUGGGAAAGUCAAUGGCCUUUGAAGCCUUUUUCUCCCUGGGAAGGGCUGUUGUCCCUCGCUGGGAGAGCCCAGCUCUCCAGCGAGCCCUGGACGCCCAGAAAGCUGCACCAGGGCCGUCCCCUCCGCUCAGCACCAACGGCAGGGAAGCUGUUGUGCUCUCCCUGGGAUAA